AUGAGAGUGAAGUACAUGACAGCAAUGACAAAAGGAACUAAUAUCAAACCUAAUGAAAUCGCUCACGAGGACAUAGAGCUUAACAAGUACUUUGUGGAGUAUCUUAUAAGUGAAGAGUAUGUAAGACCUUACUUCAUGUUUGACAGCAUGAAUGAGGAUGUUAUUUCAUGGUUAAAGAAUAUAAGCAAUGUUUUCGGUAAGUACGUCAUAGAUGACAAAGGUCUUGUUGUAUUUUAUGAGACAGCAAUACGAACACAGGAACUAAUGGAUAUUAUGCACUCAACAGCAAAGAAAGGAUUUAGUACUAUUGGCAUGAAUGAACAUUGCAGGAAUGACAUAUACAACCUAUGCUCACGAAAGCCUUACACAAAAGCAAUACAAAUGAUAGAACAUAAGUGUCUAAGGUCAGCAAAUGAAAUCAUUACUGUCAGUGGUUAUGAAAGAACUGUUAGCAAAGAUGAGUGGAAACAGCUAUUCAUAUUAAGGAAGGAUGUUGCUGAACUAGUUAAACCUGUUGCACAAACAUUGUUUCAGAUAAGACCAGCAAUGACUAAGAACCCUUUGACCUUAGUCAAUGAGACCAUAGAGGUUGAAGAUAAUGACAUGAAAGAACUAGGAAUGAAUGAGAGAAGUUGUGAAGGAUGUUUGAGUCAAAACACAUGGUUCUUCAGAGCUGUUAAGAAACUUAGUAAAGAACGACAGAAAUAUUUUAUAGAGAAGUAUUGCAAAGGAUGUGUAAAUGAAUUGCUUGAAAUAGAACUUAGAGACACUUUCACACUAAAGGACUUGAGAAGAAAUAAGUACAUGAGUGAAGAAGGUAUUGACAUAGCUAGUGUUAUAAAUGACUUAAGAAGAUGUGUUGUUGUUAUUGACGGAGCACGUAUGACAUAUCUAGUGAAAGAUUAUGAUGGAAUACGAGACACAACAACACUUGUGUCAGUAGAUAGCAAGGAAUUCAAUAAGCUCAUGAAGAGUGUUUAUGUAGGACGUAUUGAGGAGAAGGAUGUGAACGCACUGAUGAUUUAUGAAGCGGGUCAGAACAAGAACUAUCUUAUGAAGUUAGGCAUGAGAUUCUUUGACGAAAGAGAUGACAUUUACAGCUAUUUCAGAGGAUAUGAGUAUGAGGUACUGAAUGAAGUAGAUGAAAGCGUUAUUGAAGGAUAUUUGAAACAUGUUCACGAUGUCAUAUGUAAUGAGGAUGAAGAGCUUUAUGAGUAUGUUUUGAACUGGUUCGCCUACAUCGUUCAAAAUCCUUGUGGAAAGACUGGAACAGUACUUUUGUUAAUAGGAAAGCAAGGAACUGGUAAGAAUGUACUUAGUAAUGUUCUAUGCGAGCUCAUUAGCAAGUACGCCAACAAUAAUAUAGCGGCAAUAGAGAAUGUGGUUGGUAGAUUCAAUGCUGCUAUUGAGAACAUGAAGCUCAUCGUAUGCAAUGAACUAAGCUCAUGCGAUACGUCUAAGGUCAUGAACCACGACGCACUAAAGUCAAUAGUAACAGAGACUCAGUUGGACUUAAAUCAGAAGUGUCAGCCAGUAAGAAAGAUAGAGAAUGUUUGUAAUAUCAUCAUGAUAUCUAACAACUUCAACUCAGUAAAGAUUGACAAAGACGACAGAAGAUUUGUUGUCAUUGACGUAAGCAGCAGAUACAAAGGAAAUUACGAAUAUUUCUCAAAUCUCAUUGAAAGCUUUAAUGAAGAAUUUUAUUCAAACUUACUGACGUACUUCAUGAGGAAAGAUUUAAGUGAAUUUGAUGUAAGGAAGAUACCAUUCACCAGGGCUAAACAAGAACUCAUCGAAAUGAACAAAACACCUUACCAAAUGUUUUACGAGGAGUUCUAUGAAAAGUUUGUAUCCGGAUGGAAUUGUACAGAGUGCUACAGAAGAUAUAAAGAAUUUGCGAAGGAGAAUGAAUUCUUUGCAUGUAGUUCAAAUGUAUUUGGUGGCAAGAUGAGAGAAUUUGUGAAGAGAAGUAGAAAGCGAGACGGUUCUGCAAGAAGUUAUAUUUACGAAGCAAGUAUGAUAUUAGAAGGUCGUGGAAAGAAAGAAACAGUGAAUUAUGAGGAAGUGCUUGAAAAAUUCAUGGAGUACAUGGGAAGCAAUAUAACAUACAACAAAGACAUAUACAGUGAGUUUAAGUACUACUGUGAACAGCAUGAGAUUGAAGUAAUGAGUAAAGGAGACUUUGAAACGCUUAUGAAAGACAGUGAGGAGGUCAUACAUGAGAACAAUGAUGAAAUAGUUCAUGAGAACAGUGAGGAGGUCAUACAUGAGAACAAUGAUGAAAUAGUUCAUGAGAACAGUGAGGAGGUCAUACAUGAGAACAGUGUUGAAAUAGUUCAUGAGAACAGUGAGGAGGUCGUUCAUGAGAACAAUGAUGAAAUAGUUCAUGAGAACAGUGAGGAGGUCAUACAUGAGAACAAUGAUGAAAUAGUUCAUGAGAACAGUGAGGAGGUCAUACAUGAGAACAGUGUUGAAAUAGUUCAUGAGAACAGUGAGGAGGUCAUACAUGAGAACAAUGUUGAAAUAGUUCAUGAGAACAGUGAGGAGGUCGUUCAUGAGAACAAUGAUGAAAUAGUUCAUGAGAACAGUGAGGAGGUCGUUCAUGAGAACAGUGUUGAAAUAGUUCAUGAGAACAGUGAGGAGGUCGUUCAUGAGAACAGUGUUGAAAUAGUUCAUGAGAACAGUGAGGAGGUCGUUCAUGAGAACAAUGAUGAAAUAGUUCAUGAGAACAGUGAGGAGGUCAUACAUGAGAACAAUGAUGAAAUAGUUCACGAUGUCGUUUGUGAAGAAGCCAUUGCAACAAAGAAUGAGAUAAAGGAUUUCAUAGAACUUAACAAGGAGGAGUUUAAAGAAGGCUAUGAAGUGAAAAGAUGUGAAGAAGAUUUCUUGGCGUAUUUGAAGAAAAAGAGACUAAAGCCAAUGGCUCAAAAUAAGUUUCAAUCGAUGUUUGAAAAGAAACGUUUGAGCUAUGGUGGUGUAAGAAGCACAUAUUACUUUGUUAAGAAGUGA